AUGGGCCCGUUGCUGCUGUUCGUGCUGCUGCUGCUGGGGCUGAGCCAGGCUGCCCCCCCGGGCCACGAGGGGACGUUCCUGCCCGGGCUGCCCAAGCAGCCCGCCUUCCGCCACUUCUCGGGCUACCUGUGCCCUGCGCCGGGCAAGCGCCUGCACUACUGGUACGUGGGGCCGGGGCGGGGGCCAGGUGGGGCUGGCAGCCCCCUGGUGCUGUGGCUGAAUGGGGGCCCUGGGUGCAGCUCCAUGGAGGGGUUCCUGAGGGAGCACGGCCCCUUCCUGAUCCAGCCCGACGGGGUGACGCUGAAGUACAACGACUAUGCCUGGAACAAGAUCGCCAACAUACUCUACCUGGAGUCCCCCGUUGGCGUUGGCUUCUCGUACUCUGAUGACAAGAAGUAUGCCACGAAUGACACCGAGGUUGCUCACAACAACUACCUGGCACUGAAGGAGUUCCUCCGGCUCUUCCCUGAGUACUCCAAGAAUGAUCUCUUCCUCACCGGGGAGAGCUAUGGGGGGGUCUACAUUCCCACGCUGGCUGAGUGGGUGAUGCAGGACCCCAGCCUCAACCUGAAGGGAAUCGCUGUGGGAAACGGCCUCUCAUCUUAUGAGAUCAAUGACAACUCCCUGGUGUACUUUGCCUAUUACCAUGGCCUGCUGGGGACAGAGCUUUGGAAGGACUUGCAGACCUUCUGCUGCUCCCAAGGGAAGUGCAACUUCCAUGACAACUCCAAUCUGAACUGCACGCUCAAGAUGGAGGAGGCGAUUCAGAUCAUAGAGGAAUCCGGUCUCAACAUCUACAACCUCUAUGCCCCGUGUGAUGGUGGUGUCCCUGGGAGCGUGAGGUAUGAGGGUGACUAUUUCAUCACACAUGACCUGGGCAACUCCUUCAUCCGGAUGCCAAUGAGGUUCUCCUGGCGGCAGAACCUGUUCCGGAUGCCGUUAGCCCGGAAGAAGGUCCGGAUGGACCCUCCCUGCACCAAUUCCACAGCUCCCAGCAUGUAUCUGAACUCCCCGGAGGUGCGGAAGGCUUUGCACAUCUCCCCUGAGGCCCCAGAGUGGGAGUUGUGCAGCUUCGACGUGAACCGCAAUUACAAGCGCCUCUACAUGCAGAUGAACGACCAGUACCUGAAGCUGCUUGGAGCCACAAAAUACCGGAUCCUGGUGUACAACGGGGAUGUUGACAUGGCCUGCAACUUCCUUGGGGAUGAGUGGUUUGUGGACUCCCUGUGCCAGAAGGUGCAGGUGGCUCGUCGGCCCUGGCUCUAUACUGAAAGAGGUGAGAACCAGAUCGGGGGCUUCGUGAAGGAAUUCACCAACAUCGCCUUCCUCACUGUCAAGGGUGCCGGACACAUGGUGCCCACAGACCAGCCACUCGCCGCCUUCACCAUGUUCAGCCGCUUCAUUAAGAACCAGAGCAGCACCACGCGGUGA